GACGCGGGUGGGGGGGAGACCGGAAGAGGAAGCGGCGGUGGGAGGGGUGUGGUCGUCGCUCCUCCCUCACGUGACAGGGGCGGUGCGGCCCCUGCCGGACCCCGUAGCGGCGGCGGCGCGUCAUGGGCUGCUGCUAUAGCUCUGAGGCCGAGGCCUCCGACCAGGAAGAAGAGACGAAGCGGCUGCUGGAGCCGGCGGCCAGCCCUCCCAACAAAGUGCUGAAUGGAGCGGAGCAGAGCUGCCACAGCCUCCCCUCGGCCCGCACCGACGAGCAGGCCAUGCUGUCCUCCAUCCUUGCCAAGACGGCCAUUAACAUCAUCGACGUGUCAGCAGCGGAUUCGCAAGGGAUGGAGCAGCACGAAUACAUGGACAGAGCCCGGCAGUACAGCACGCGCCUGGCCAUGCUGAGCAACAGCCUGACGCACUGGAAGAAGCUCCCGUUGCUGCCAUCGCUCACCAACCAGCCCCACCAGGUGCUGGCCAGCGAGCCCGUCCCCUUCGCAGACCUGCAGCAG